AUGUACCUCAAGAGGGAAAUAGAGGCGGCGGUGAAGACAGGAAGACUGGCGCACCUGGUCAAGGAGAUCAAAGAAGGGGGAGGGGAUCGUAAGGGAAGAGAUGCAAGAGAGCCGCGGAGGGCAGAUGUUGAUAUGAUAAGAAGGAGAAAUGAAUUCGAUGUUACCCGGAGUGUUAAGGCUAGAAUCCUAGGCUCUCCAAACUGCAUGAAAGCUCCCAUCCUCAUGCCGUACUUAGAAGAAAACGAAGUACAACGGCUUCCGCUAAAUAUCUCAGCAGUGAUAGCUGGACACAAAGUGUCCAGAAUACACGUGGACGGAGGAUCCGGCGUCGAAGUAAUAUAUGAACAUUGCUUCCUCAGGUUCGAUAGAGAUAUAAGAGAUAGACUGGAGGAGGACUCUAUCCCGUUGGUGGGAUUCAACAACAGUGUGUCACAUCCUCUAGGAAAGAUCAAGCUCCCAUUUACGGUUGGCGUAGGGGAUAGGGUCCGGACAAUCAAUUUAACCUUCACUGUGGUCAGGGCACCCUCCAAGUACAACGCGAUUUUGGGAAGACCUGGGAUUGGAGAUCUACAAGCACAAGCAUCUACUCCUCACGGAGCGUUGGUAUUCCAAACACCGAAGGGUCUUGCAUGGGUGAAGUCAGCUUAUGAAGUUGUCACUUCAGUAUCCAAAGGGGAGGAACCAGGGAAGACCCCAGGGAAGAAGGUGGAAGAGUGGGUCCUCUGUGAUAAGUUCCCAGAACAAACAGUCAAGGUAGGAAGCCACCUAAGUGACAAAUGCAAGAGUGCCCUGAAGGAAUUACUCCUCCAUAACCUAGACGUGUUUGCAUUCCAACACGGGGACAUGACGGGAAUUCCCAGAAGCCUGACGGAACACCGGCUCAACACCUUCACAUGGGCGAAACCAGUGAGGCAAAAGAAGCGAAGCAUGGGGCCAAACAAGAGAAGGGCUGCUUGUGAAGAGACCCGCAAACUGCUCAAAGCGGGGAUAGUCAGGGAAGUCAAAUACCCAUCCUGGGUUGCCAACCCAGUUAUGGUUCAGAAAAAAGAUGGGGGAUGGAGGAUGUGCAUCGAUUUCCAAGACUUAAACAAAGCAUGCCCCAAGGACUGUUAUCCCCUCCCGGAGAUAGACACCCAGGUCGACUCCCUGUCCCAGUACCCACUGAAGUGCUUCCUAGACGCCUACAAGGGAUACCACCAAAUACAGAUGUCAAUAGAAGAUGAAGAAAAGACCGCUUUCAUCACCGAUGAGGGAACAUUAUGCUAUACUAAGAUGCCCUUCGGUCUCAAAAACGCGGGGGCGACAUACCAAAGGUUUAUGAACACCUUGUUUAGGGAGCAAAGGGGAAGGAAUCUAGAGGUGUAUGUUGACGACAUUGUCAUCAAGAGUCUGACAGAAGCAGCCAUGAUAGACGACAUAGCUGAGACUCUCAACACAAUGCAGGAUGUAAACAUGAAGCUGAACCCCGGGAAAUGCUGUUUCGGGGUAGAGGAAGGAAAUUUCCUGGGGGUGGUGGUAACUAAAGGAGGGAUAAGGGCAAACCCAGAAAAAACCCAGGCCGUGGCCGAAAUGCGCUCCCCCAGGUCCUUGAGGGACAUCCAGCAAUUAAACGGAAGGCUGAUUGCGCUAAAUCGUUUCUUAUCAAAAGUGGCUGAUAAAACCCUCCCUUUUAUGAAGGUGUUAAAGGACUGCAUCCAGACCAACAAAUUCAACUGGACCACCGAGGCUGGAACUGCCUUUCAGGAAAUGAAGGCCUACAUCUGCAAGCUCCCAGCGUUAGCCACCCCGGUGCCCUGGGACCCGCUGCUCCUUUACCUAUCUGCCUCUAAAACAACCAUAAGCGCGGUCAUGAUGGUGGAACGGGAGGGGAAACAGAUCCACAUAUAUUUCAUCAGCAGAACAGUCAAGGGGCCCGGGGAACGGUACAUGCCUCUAGAAAAACUUGCAUUAGCCCUGGUCUUUGCAUCUUGGAGGCUCAGAAGAUACUUCCAAGGGGAUAAGGUCACCUUAGUCACUGAUCAACCCCUCCAGAAAGUGCUUAGAAAGCCGGAACAGUCAGGACGACUGGCUAAAUGGGCCGUAGAACUGGGAGAACACUCUCUAGAGUUCAAGCCAAGGAUAGCCACGAAGGGACAGAUACUGGUCGACUUCCUAGUAGAAGUACCCGAGGACGAAGAGAGGGAAUUACAAAAGUGGGAAACUUUGGAGGAGGAAGAAAGAAGGAGGGGGGACGAAGCCGUCUGGAAGUUGUUCACUGAUGGAGCAUCCAGUGAAGAAGGGAAUGGUGCAGGCAUCACGUUGAUAAGCCCCGAGGGGGUUGAGCUGACAUAUGCUAUAAGGCUAGAUUUCGAAAACACCAACAAUACCGCCGAAUACGAAGUCCUCCUAGCAGGGAUGAGAUUGGCACAGAAGAUGAAAGCAAAACACGUGGAGGCUAGUACCGAUUCACAGUUGGUGGUGAAGCAGUAUCAGGGGGAAUAUGAAGCGAAGGAUAGCAUCAUGGCUCGGUAUGUGGCGAAAGUUAAAGAGACAGCUAAGGCAUUCAGAACCUUCAAACUGGAAUACAUCCCCCGAGGGAGGAACAGAAAGUCUGAUGCACUCAGCAAGUUAACUUCAGUAGCAUUCGACCACCUCGCGAAGGAGGUCAAAGUAGAGGUCUUGACAUCCCCCUCCCUGGACGUAACGGAAGUAGCCACAAUCGAAGGUUCCCAAGAAACAUGGAUGACUCCAAUCGUUAAAUUCCUCCGGGACGGGACUUUGCCCGAGGGGGAAUGGGCGGCCAGAAAGGUAAGAGUCAAGGCCUUACAGUAUGAACUAAUUGGAGAAGAACUAUACCGAAGGUCGUAUCUGGGCCCGUCCCUAAAGUGCAUAGACAUGGAAGAGGCCGAAUAUAUGAUCAGGGAAAUGCACGAGGGAAUCUGUGGAAUGCACUCAGGACCGAGAACGAUUGUAAGAAGGGCAAUGAACGCAGGAUUCUACUGGCCGCGAAUGUACGAGACGGCAUCUGAAGAGAUCAAGAAGUGUGAUAACUGCCAAGUACAUGCAACAAUGACCCACCAACAUAAACACCCUAUGGUCCCGGUCUCGACGUCUUGGCCAUUUCAAAAAUGGGCCAUAGACAUAAUUGGGCCUUUUCUAGAGGGCCCCGGGGGGGUCAAAUACGUGGUAGUGGCCAUUGAUUAUUUCACUAAGUGGAUCGAAGCGAAACCCCUGGCAAAGAUCACCGGAGAUCAAAUGAGGCGGUUCGUACUGGAUAACAUCGUGUGCAGGUAUGGGGUCCCGAAGGAACUGGUGAGUGACAAUGGGGUGCAAUUCGCCGAGAGACCCUUCAAGCCAUGGUGCGAACAAAUGAGAAUCCAACAGGUAUUCACCUCUGUAACCCAUGCCCAAAGUAACGGAUUGGUAGAAAGAGCCAACCAGAGCGUUAUCAAAGGAAUGAAGGGCAGGCUUGGGAGGAAACAGAAGGGCUGGCUAGAAGAACUUCCAUUUGUGUUAUGGGCAUACCGAACCACUCUCAAAAGUUGCAAUGGGGAGACCCCAUUCAGCCUUACCUACGGGACGGAAGCCAUGAUCCCUGCAGAGAUCGGGUCCCAUACCGCCCGGAUGAAGCUGAGGGAUGAGGAGAACGAGCAGGAUCUAAGAAUGAACCUGAACUUAUUGGAAGAAAGAAGGGAAGUAGCAGCAGUGAAAGAAGCUCACUACAAAAAACUCCUGGCAAGUUACUACAACGCACGGAUGAAGAAGCUCAACCUCAUCCCAGGGGACCUAGUCCUUAGAGCCAACGAGGCCAGUUUACAGGAAAACACCGGGAAGUUGGGACCUAACUGGGAAGGCCCAUAUAGAGUCACAUGGGCAAACGGGAAGGGAACGUGCAAGUUGGAGACUUUGGAAGGAAAAGAGGUCCCCAGGACCUGGAACCUGAUGCAGCUCAGGAAGUAUUACAUGUAA